ACACUGGGAGAACCAGCCCCUGAUACUACUUGUCUGCCAUGCAGCAGAACCUGAAUUAUCUUUACCCUCAAAUCUACUGGGUGGACAGCAGUGCCGGCUCUCCCUGUGCUCCUCCAUUGACAGCUCUUCCCUGUGCACCCCCGGUGCCUGAAAGGGCUGGUCUGAGGAGGCCAACACCACCACCACUGCCGCCGCCACCACCACCACCACCACCACUGCCACAUGCACCCACUCCACCUCCACCUCUUCUGCCCUGCUCAUCUCUAAAGAAGAGGAUCGAUAACACAAGUCUCUAUCUUCUUCUGAUCUUUUUUAUGGUUUUGGUGGCCCUGGCUGGACUGGGAAUGGGAAUGUUUCAGCUCUUCCACCUACAGAAGGAGUUAGCCAAACUCAGAGAGUCCACCAGCGAUCGGCAGGUAGUUUCAUCUCCUGAGCAGCAAGUAGGUUAUCACAAUACAUUUGAAAAGAAGGAACUAAAGAAAGCAGCCCAUCUAACAGGCAAGCCUAAAUCACAAGGCAUCCCGCUUGAGUGGGAGGACACCUAUGGAAUCACCCUUGUUUCUGGAGUCAAGUACAAGAACCGGGGUCUGGUGAUCAAUGACACCGGCCUUUACUUCGUCUACUCCAAGGUGUACUUCAGGGGCCAGCUCUGUGACAACAAGCCCCUGGAACACAUACUUUAUAAAAGGAACCCCAACUACCCCCAACACUUGGUACUGAUGGAAGAAAGGAAGAUGAACUACUGUACCAGCCGGCAGAUGUGGGCCCAGAGCAGCUACUUGGGUGCUGUGUUCAACCUUACCAGUGCCGACAGCUUGUAUGUCAAUGUCUCUGCAUUUUCACUGGUCAGCUUUGAGGAAUCCAAGACAUUUUUUGGCUUAUACAAACUCUAGGGCAGCUCGCAAGAAAAGAGGAAGAGGAUGUGUUCACUACCUCAGGGGAAGUUGGUCCUCACCUGAAUAUUCCUGAAUGUAAAUGGCAAGGAAUGGGUGGUGUGUGUGUGUGUGUGUGUGUGUGUGUGUGUGUGUGUGUGUGUGUAGGUGUGCAUACAUGCAUGUGAAAGUGUCCCUGCCAUAUGAGAGCAUCUACAGUUCUGGAUAUAUUUCCAGGAGCAUAGGUUUUUCCUUGACAAGGAGGACAAGAAUUUUCCUAUGCGAAGAACCACCUUUCAUUCCACAUACAAAGGAGUCAGUGCAAUUGAUGCGGUGUGUUUACAAGUGUGUAUGCCAGUUCCAGCACUAUGAAGAUUAAUUUUCUCUGAGAGUACUUGCUUGGGUUUUUUCUAAGCAGCAGGACAUUUGAGGAUUCUGAGUUCUGAUAAAUUCUUAUCAGGAAAAUUUGGUAAAGAUUAAAUGGUGAAUCUUUGAAAUUUCUGAAGGAACUAACUUUAUUAGUAAGGUGUUUACGACAGCACA